AUGAAGGUCAUUCCAAUUCCAGUUCUUGAUGAUAACUAUUCUUAUCUAAUUAUUGAUGAAAAAACAAAUGAAGCUGCCGUUGUUGACCCAGUAGAACCAAAAAAAGUUCUUGCGGUUGUACAAGAACAAAGUGCCAAUCUCAAACAUUUGAUCACAACGCAUCAUCACGCCGACCAUUCUGGUGGAAAUGAUGAAUUAUUUUCAGAAAGAAAAGAUUUAAUUGUUUAUGGAGGUGAUAAUCGUAUUCCAGCUGUGACCAAGAUCGUAAAAGAUAAUGAAGAAUUUAAAAUUGGUCAAAUCAAUGUAAAGGCUUUAUUUACUAUCUGUCAUACUAGCGCAAGUGUUAGUUUUUAUUUACAAGAUGAAAAAGAUAAAGCUGUAUUUACUGGUGACACGCUUUUCAUUGGAGGAUGUGGUAGAUUUUUUGAGGGUACAGCAGAACAAAUGCAUAAUUCAUUAAAUAAUAUUUUAGCAAAGUUACCUGAAAACACAAAGGUUUAUUGUGGUCAUGAGUAUACUUCGAGUAAUUUAAGGUUUGCUGAUUCUGUUGAACCUGAUAAUGAUUUCCUUCAGCAAAAAAUUCAAUGGGUAAAAGAUCAUAAACAAACUGUACCAAGUACUAUUGGUGAUGAAUUGAAAUUUAAUCCUUUUAUGAGAGUUGAUAAAGAUUCUAUCAGAAAAGCUACUGGUAAACAAGAUCCUAUUCAAGUUAUGGCUAAAUUAAGAGAAAUGAAAAAUAAUUUUAAGUAA